AUGUCUUGCCCAUCUCCGUCGAGGUACGCCACCUCUCCCUCGUGCUACCGCCUUGUUCUUCCGCUUGUACUCUCGCCCCAAACCGCGACUGAGCCGGUUCUGUUACAAAUAUGCAUCCACUCCAACUGGAUACCUCCCCUCGACCGCGCAAUCCACCUCGCGCGUGACUCGGCCGUCUUAAGUCCGCCCGAUAUCCACGAUCCGCCAGAUGUCGAGAUUGCCUACCCGGUAACAAACGUCUGGAGAUAUUAUCAAGAUGGGUCGCAAGAUGAAUACGGUGUUGAUGAGCCCGCAGACGACGAGGACGAUGACGAUGACACGAGGAGCAUAUGGCUGGAGUUCCCAGAGUCAAACAUUCUACCAAGGCGUCGUUUCUCGUGGACAUACAUACUCGCUGUACUCGGCAUCGCAUAUGUUAUUUGUGCUUUGAAAGGCUAUGUCAGCCAUCCAGCCUGGGUAAUCAUACAAACAACAGCCUCAUCCCCAGAACCGUCCAUCUGGCAACCCAUCGAUAUGAUCUACAACACCUACGAGGACGCAUUAAUGCCGCUGUUCACGCACUGGCAGCACCCAAGCCUGCGAACACCCCUUCGCCACCAUGUCCUCCAUGCCGCCCUGCUCAAAGAGCUUCAGAACAUCCAGCUCGGCCUGGCAUCUUGGCGAGGUACAGCCAGUAUCCCGGGGCCCGACCCAUCGCUAGUCACCGACGCGGGGCAUCUUGUGGAUGAGCUUAAAGCCCUGCAGAGGGACUUUGAUGUAUUGUUCGACGACGGACAUGAGUGUCUGGGUGCAUCUCUGGCAAACGGGUUGUUAUAUAUAAUAGACCGCGAAAACAGCACCGAUAUCAUCCGCAUUAUGGAUAGAUUCUGGACAAGCGCAGAAUUCAAACAUGGCGCUGUCUUGCAGGAUCUCAACAGAUUAUACCACAGACUCAACGGUCUCGACGUAUCGACUUUUCUCCAAGACCUCAAGUCCGCUCUUUCACCUUAUCAGGGGAGAUGGACAUAUCAGGAUUGGAUAACAACAACUCUCGACGCCGCCAACUUUAUCCGCAAGAGGGUUCUUCCAACAACCGAACCUACGGCUAUGGUGGUAUCAAACGCGAUAAAACGUAUUUCGGCGCUCAACUCGAGCAUCACAUCCAACAAGCAGUUCUGGAGCAACAGGAUGCUUGACGGAGCGGAUCGAAGCGUUGUAUGCGAGUUUAUGAGCAGCGAGCCUAGGUGGUGGACCAGCUGGGUCAUGGGUGUCACGAGCCAUCACAGGUGGGUAGGGCAUGUAAGUAACGAGAGCUUCCACGCACUGAGGGAGACGGCUCGGAGGGGCAAUCUGGCCAGAGUCUUGGUGAGUCUGGCGCGCUUUGAGGAGGAGGAGAAAGGUUUGAUUGGGAGGGAGAGGUUUAGAGAGUAG